GUAAAACACAACAGUCAGGGCUUCAUCUCCAUUUGCAGAGGACGCUGCUCAGGCUGAAAUAAACGAGUUAUGGAGUUAAAGGACAAACAACAACGAUCCCCACGUGAGGCACGGGUGGGAGACAGAGUAAAGCCUGUCGCCAGACCAAAAGAGAAGAUUCAGCAGCAGCAGUCAGAGGAGGGGGAGGUGGCUGAGGAGUCCGCCAUCCCCACAGAUCUGGAGACCUGGAUCAAAAAUAAUGCCAAAGACCUGAAGAUCCAGCUGAAAGACCGUCGCUGGGCUGCUGAGGUGGUCAACGAUUUUCGUGAGAAUCUGCUGAAAUUCCUUAACAAUGAACCUUUAUUCAAGUCAGCAGAGUGCCUCAACGCCGGCAGCUACUUUGAGAAAGUUAAGAUCCACAUGCCUGAUGAGUUUGACAUGAUGCUGACGUUUCCAGGCAGCCCAAACCUACGCCUCAACCCGAUGAAGCUCGACGGGGGUCUCUUCUACCGGCUCGAUCUCACCCGGCCCACUCGACAACCCAUUAAGGCUUUUCUUCUGGAGAACAGCCUCACCCUCUCGUCGAGCAAGGUCCUGAAUGAGAUGCAUCGCCUGGUCCGCAAAUUCCUCAAGACCUACAAAGUGCCCGAUGAAUGCUAUCACUGGGAGGUGAACAGGAAGCGCGUGCACUCUCCGGCUGUCACUUUGUCUCUCUUCAAAACUGACAAGAACAGCGAGGAGCUGAUCUCCGUGGACGUGGUUCCUGCGCUCAAGGUUCAAAGUUGGCCGGCUGCGGUUCGUAAUGGCCCGGAUGUAUCCAACUGGCUGGGAAAGAAAGCUCUUCAAGACAUCCAAAGAUUGCCGUGUUAUUUUGUACCAAAGAGGCAGAAAGGACGAAACCUCGGCGAGGACGCCAAAGAGAGCUGGAGGAUCUCUUUCUCUCACAUUGAGAAGAAAAUCAUCACAUCUCAUGGCAACAAGAAAACCUGCUGUGAGAGUCGUGACACCAAAUGCUGCCGGUAUGACGAUGCCAAAUGGAACCCUCAGCACCUUUCUGUCUGCUUCCUGUAUCUUGUCCGGGCGCUGGAGGACUAUGCGAGCAGAGGCAACCUCCCUCACUUCUUUGCUCCCGAAUGCAACCUCUUCUCGUCGUCCUCCUUCUCUCGUAAAGCUCUGGCUUUCCUCGUCAAUGCCCUGAAAGAGCAGAGGAGGGAGGGCCUGCCCCUUCUGAAGCCUCCAGCUCUGGUGCCACCUCUGAUGCCACCUCUGAUGCCACCUCUGAUGCCCAGGGAAGAUUUAGAUGAAACAUGCAAUGAGACGUUUGAGGAAAGGUCCUUCGUACUGGUUCACUUUGUGGACGCAGCACUGAUGAAUAAACUGGGUGUAGCAUUUACUGUCCUGGUGGGUUAUGCCUUCUAUAUCCUGUUAUCUUGUUAA